AUGCAGAGCCUUUUCGUCGUACGACUUCCCACGAAUGCAGAAUCUGUAGCGGCUUUGCCUGGAGACUUGAUAGACGUGAUUCAUGACUAUGCUUUCGUCAUUGACAUACCCAAAAACUUCAAAUACGAAAAGAAAUCAGGACUCAACAUCGCAGCUGGUGCCGACGUUGCUGAAAUGGUCAAGUUCAAAGUCGCCUGGAGUUCCAACAAGACGAAAAUCGUCGCUGCUAAAAGUGCGCGUAAAGUCGAGCUCAAGGACUCCGAAGACUUCUUCUACAACCAAGUCCUUCAGAACCAGAAGGCGCGUGAGAGGCUAAAUCAGUGGAUCUCAGAAGCUCUCAGCGCCAAAGGAGCAGUGAUUCGACAGUCGCUAAGGCGGAAGCCGAGGAUAUGGCUCUUGAAAGGGCUCUACACGUUCGAGGACGCGACUUCGACGGUGAAAAUAAAUGCAUCGCUGGGAGUCGACGCCGGAAUCAGUUCAUUACUCGUUCUGGCAGUUGGCGGACCUCCGAUCGGGCCUGAAGUGGGCAUCUUGGUAGAUCGUAGCGUGCAAAGUACGCUACCCAUGGCUGGAGAACUGGUAUGGGCUGCUCAGUGGCAGCUCUUGGACCUUGAAGAUUUGCGUUACGGGGAGGACAUUCCAGAAAGCAAUACUCAUGAGUCCGAGCCACCGAACCAGCCAGUUCCACGCUAUCUCGUACCGCGUUCUACCAAGCUUCAUGGAGACAGAUUCUCAAGAGGAGUACUCCUGAAUGCUGGAGACGGUGAGAAGCUUGUGUUCUUGGCGCUUGGAAAGGAAUUCUUGGAUGAGAAGGACGUGCCGCGCCUGGCGGAGACGAUGGGCGUGAGCGAGGCAGCUAAACUCGUGGAACGGGACAACGAGCAAGAAAAGGCAGAAGCCCAAGAAUUCUUGCGAAUCACGAACGAAAUGAGUAGGGGAAGACCAUUGCAGAAGAGGAAGCGAAAGAGGCUCCCUAAAGAUCAAGGAAGGGAGCAGGCUGCUUUGCGAGCUGAGCAAAGGGUCAUUGAGGAGUUCCACCAAGCGUGUGAAUAUCUUCUGGUGGUUUUGGAAGAGCGUGACGCAGCUUCUAAGUCUUUCUCAGAGCGCAUCAUGCGGCCCGCCACUUUAAGUUGA